AUGGCUCUCGUGUCAGAAAUCCUGGAGCGUGCAUCGGCCACAUCCAACUAUGCUAUCUACAUCCUUCCUUCUCUCUUUCUGUUGUAUCUCGCACAGCAGUACUUCCACAAUGGGCUCCAUCGUUACCCCGGCCCAGUACUGGCCAAGUUCACAAAUCUAUGGCGUUUCUUAGAUGUCCGCAGUCGACACUCUGAAGUUACCCAUAUCGACCUGCACCGCAAGUACGGCGAUGUCGUCCGACUCGGGCCAAACACACUGUCAUUCUCGUCUCCAAGCGCCAUCAAGGUGAUCUACGGCCUCAACAAAGGCUUCACCAAGUCCGAAUUCUACCCUGUUCAAAUGACAGUCUCAAAGGGUGAACCUCUUCCAUCCCUCUUCUCAACCUUAGACGAGGGCUUCCACGCCAAUCUCCGCCGCUCCGUCAACCACGCCUUCUCAAUGUCCUCCCUAGUCCAGUACGAGCCCAUGGUCAAUGAAACCAUCGAGCUCUUCCUCAACCAAACCGCCGCCCUCUUCUCAACCCCCAACCAAACCUGCGACUUCGCCCGCUGGCUGCAGUUUUUCGCCUUCGACGUCAUCGGCAGCAUCACAUACAGCAAACGCCACGGCUUCAUCGAGAAAAACCAGGACAUCGACGGUAUCCUCAAAUCCCUCGCCCGUAUCUUCGACUACUCCGGCCCCGUGGGUCAAAUGCCUUGGCUGGAUAAACUCCUGUGGAAGAACCCAGUCUUCGACGCACUCCAGAAAUGGGGUCUUGCUGAUAACUCACAUCCUGUAGCAAUCUUUGCGCGCCAGCGCUUGAACGAGCGCAUGUCUUCCGAUACCUCCUCAAGCACCAAGAUUUCAGAGUCAGGCUCUGAUUCAAAAACGGAAAAAGAAGACCUCCUCACCAAAUUCAUGAAGGCAGGCAAAGACCGGCCCGACUUCAUGACGGAAAAGCGUGUCCUCACAAUGGCCGUAUCCAUGGCCUUUGCCGGCUCCGAAACAACCGCCAUCAGUCUCGCCGCCGUCUUCUACUACCUCCUCAAGAACCCGGCGUACAUGGCGCGUCUCCGCGCCGAACUCGAUUCCGCUGUCGCCGACGGCAUAAUCGAAAAUAGACCCACUGGGCUUGUCUCCUGGUCCGAGUCCCAGAAACUGCCUUUCCUCGAUGCUUGCAUUAAGGAGUCGUUCCGGAUUUGUCCUGCAGCCGGGUUGCUGCUUGAGCGGGUUGUGCCGAAGAGUGGGAUUGAGAUUGCGGGCGAGUUUAUCAAGGGAGGGACGAUUGUGGGGUGUAGUGCCUGGGUGAUGCAUAGACGGGAGGAGAUCUUUGGGCCUGAUGUUGAUACAUUUGAUCCGGAUCGGUGGUUGAGGGUGGAUGGGGACACGUUGAAGGUGAUGAACGGCACGAUGUUGCAGUUUGGGGCUGGGGCGCGGACGUGUAUUGGGAAGAACAUUUCCCUUAUGGAGGUUUAUAAGCUCAUUCCGAGUUUUUUGAGGAGGUUUGAUGUGCAACUGGCGUAUCCGGAUCAGGAAUGGGAGUUGUGGAAUGCCUGGUUCGCCAACGACCGUGCGGGUCCGGUGAAGACCCGUAGUCGCGAAGGAUGCUCCGAGUGCCGCGCGAGUCGGGUCCGCUGUGAUACCAAGAAGCCGGCCUGCACUAGAUGCGCGGAGCGAGGCCUUACUUGCUCUACGAAGAUCGCCCUGAAAUGGGAGUCGGAGUUUGCGAGUAGCGGCCGGGCUUUUGGACGAGCUGGAGUUUGGAGUAAAUCCAAAGGUGCCAGAGACCAGCCGUCGACACCAUCAAUGUCCAGUCUGAAUGCUUCGCCCCUUGACGAGCAAGAAUGGUGUGUCUUUCCGCGGGUCGAGCCAUGGAAUUUCAUCAAUAGUUCGACGAACGCGUUUCAGCUGCCGUGCCGAGUCAAGCCCACAGACGAUGACCACGCUCUCGUUAGAGCUGGGAAUAGUCGGCUAAUCCCUGCCUCUCAUGGGAUGGAAUCAGUGAUGCUGCAGUUAGCGGAGCCAAUGCCGUCUUUAUCAAUAUUUCCGCACUUUGCUGGGAAUAUGCAAGGGCAACUAUUCGAAUACUAUGUUCAACGGAUUUGUCCGAGAACGAUUGCAAGUGCGAACGCUCCGUCUCCACUAGCUUCUAUAAUCAUACCUUUUUGCUCAACGGCAUCUGAAACCGUUUCUAAGGCUGUCUUAGCUUUGGGGGCGUGUGCUUUAGCUCAAAAUGACCCGGCGUACUGUGCCAUUGGACUUCGCCUCAAGUCCGAGGUUAUACGUGGGCUUCGCCACAACCUGACGGCCGCUGGACCGCUAGUGUCGUCGACGUAUCCAGAGCUACUGGUUGUCAUGAUGCUUUUAUGUCUUUACGAACUUGUUGAUCACUGCGACGAGCGUUGGAUUGUUCACCUGAAGGGUGCCAAAGAGCUCAUACGUCUCAGACGGCAGCAAGCUGUUUUACCCGCUCCGGGGAAUGAUGAAGUCACGUCGUUUUCCGAGAGGUUCUUUGCCUUUCAGGAUAUCAUGGGUCGCACCGCUUGUGGCAAGCAAGCCCUGUUUGGGGCGGACUACUGGCGGCACAACGAACACAAAAUUGACCCUUGGAUGGGAUGCAGCCCAGAGCUGGUUUCAAUACUGUCAGACAUCACCGAGUUGAGCAGAGCUAGGCGUCAAUUGCGUUCGGGCUCGGACCAAGUGGCACUGUCAUUGAAAGCGGCGAAAUUGUGUCGCGGGCUGGAGGGAUUGGCCCAGGACGAGGAUGGAGGAGAUGAAGCCCUCCAGAGGCUCGCAGAGUUGAAACGACUUGCCGCAAUACUAUACCUCCACUGUGCAUUGCACAAUGCUUCACCAACAACAGAUUUGGUGGUUGGUUAUGUCAAAAGAAUAUUGAGACUUGUUUCGGAAAUGCUUGAUGCGGGCUCCUGUAUCGGCCUGUCAUGGCCUGUCUUUGCUGCUGCUGUUGAACUCGAUCCGCUCAAUGACGAGCUCUGGAAGGAUGACGACAGUAACACUGUGUGCGGGCGGCCACUGGUUUUACGCGCAUUGGCUGCCAUGUCGGGCUCGAACAUCUUGAGCGUUGCCCGCACCAGAGCAGUCAUUGUGAAGGUGUGGCAGGGCCGGAUCUGGCGAGCGAAUAGCAUGGCACCAUCAAUGACUUCCUCCACAGUUUCUCAUAGCACCCCUUCUCAUUCAUUCGCGAGUAACCUCAGCGAACAGUUGUCUCAGCGGUCUGAGCUGGAACGGUCUGAGUUGGGUGAAUCAGGCACCCAGACCGACUCUGCAGGCGACAAACCAGGUUUUCUCGUGCGCCCGUCACCAAAAGCACGUUCCCUAUCCGAUGCCUCCAAACCUUCUACUUCUCUUUCCCCCAUCGGUGGUGAAGAGCGUCCAUCCAGCAAGGAUGACUCUGCCUUACCAUCCGCCCCUCAAACGCCACGCCGAACCCCCACAAAUGGCCCUCCCAUAAACCUACAAUCUCUACCACCGAAAGUUUCUACGCCCGCAUCUUCCUCUAGUCGCACUCCUCUCUCGCCGAAGCUUGAUCCCUCCCACAUAUACAGCGGCUCCCCAGGUUCGGUUCUACCUCGCCGCUCCCGUGGGCUCGACUUCUCUCGGGCGUGCACGAACCUACAUCACUCGAUUUUGGCAGAGUCUUCACCAGACUCAUCGCCAACGGUGGGUGGUAGAGGUGUGGCUAUCCCGCAACGUCGCGGAUCGCAUGGUUCUACCUCAGUUCCUCCGUUCUCGACGUCCAACCCUGCCGAUCGAAAUACAAUCUCGAGUUCCAUGUCAAGCGUUAAUAUGAUGGAGUCGGAUACUAGCAGCAGUGAGGAGGAUGAUGAACCGAUGCUCGGAGAUCGAGAUGAUAUCAUAAUGAACACUCCCCAAGCAAAAAAGUUGGGCCCAGGGUUCAACGCGUUUGGCGGCGGGAACGUACCCAGCCCCGGUACAGACUGGAUGGGUAACUAUUCUCAGGCAGCAGCAAGCUUAUUAAGCUUUCAACGCGCUCGCUUUCGCAAAGGACGCAGUAGACACAGUUCCAGCAGUGCGAGCGGGAAUAGUUCUAAGCAAAGCCCGGCUCCCUUGUCUCCACCAGUUAUGAAGAGCAUAGAAAACGGGAACGGGAACGGAUACUUUGGCCAUAGGAAUGGCGGCCCUUCUCGGCGGGAAAGCUUGAGCAUGGGAACGCGUGAUCUGCGCCUAUCGGAUAUGAGUGACGAUGGGGAGAACCGGGGCCCUCGUGGUCAUAGUCCAACCGCCGCAAAAACCGAGGGUAGCGGCCCUCUAGGGGUUAUUAGGCGUGCUGUUACCAGGCGGGGGAGCUUGUUGCCAAAAACAAAAACAUUCGCACGCAUCCGAGCGGCUCUCAUGGAAGAAACAGCGCCCAUUGACAGUGAUGCGAAGAGGGAGGCUGAAGUAAUUCGCCAAGUGCGUGAAACUGAACCAGAUAUGCCCCAAACAUCGCCGGUACUGUCGUCUUUCUCGUCACCAAAUGCAUUCGUGCCACCCGGGUUAGGGGAACAUGACGAAGUAGCAGAAAGGCCUGCUACAUCCUUACCUGAUGAGCCCAGCUUCAGCGACCAGGCUAAUCGAAAUUCUGGUGGCCCUGAGUUCUGGAACUCUUUCGAUGAACGUUAUCGUACUCCGCCACCACCUCCACGCCCACACGCUGCCUCCUCAGUGUCGGAGGAAGAUAUAACGAUGGAUAUGACACCAUCAAAUACUGCCGAGUUUGUUAAACCUGGCGAACGACCCGCGUCGCGUGCUUCAACUCCGCUCCCUAGCCAGUCAGGUGUGAUUUCAGAAUUACGGAGAAAGCGACGACGAGAGGACGAUUUUGAUCCUAAUUUGUUCAAACGAAGAGCCGUGUCUCCCAGCAUGAGCGCGCAGAGUAGUCCAGUCAUGCCCAACUCCCCGGCAGUGACAGACCAGGGGCCUAAUAUAUGGGGUCCGCCAAAGUCAAACAUCGGCCCACUUUUCAACGAUCGACCGGAGACUGCUCCUCGGAAUAUACCAACCACCCCUCAUUCUGGGACCUUGAAGAGAGUGGGCAUGCAGGGCAUGAAUGAAGCGAGCGAUGGAUUCAUGAACAUGAGCAUUGAAUAA